AUGGGCGACGUACCGAACGGUAGCUUACCGUCCGCCGCAGGUGGAGAUAUGGCAUAUCCAGUUUCCAAUGGACAUGGGGACAACGCAAAAGAAGAUGAACUUUUUGGACCUGGUUCACGUAAGACGCGCUUGUGUACCCCAUCACCCCCGCCGCUCUUUACCUUCGGCAAAGCCGAUUCCCGCACCACCUGGUAUAGACAAGCUACUUGUGGACAGAACUACGUCCAGCUCGUUGUGGAGCGCGAAGGCUUUCCUAACGGCGCCGUCAUCGCUGACCGCCUCGAUCCGCGCCUGCUGUUCCAGGUAGCUCCAGGACUCCAGAAGCGGCUUGAGGGCCGCCGCAUUUUUGUGCCACCGGCGUCAUGUCUGGACGAGGAGACAAUCGAGUCAAUGUUGUUCGGCCUCUUACGCUGCGCGAAACAAGGUAUACCUGUUCCAGGGCCUGUGGAGAAGAAGCCCGUGGGUACGAUAGCGAUGCAUUGCGUUCUGGUAUUCUUCGAGAUGGAAAAAGAAGCUCGAGAUCUGGAAACGAAGCUGUGGGAUAUGCUCCAGCAGGUGAAGCUCACGCCCAUGGAUGUGCUCUGGAUCUGGGACACGUUUAGUGGACGGGUUCAGUCUGAGCCUUACACUGCGCCCUUCGCCCACGAGUACGUACAGAUGAUGGCGUGGCAGAUAUUGAAUCUGGACGCGGUAGGCAUGCUGGACGACGAUGUCCGCCAUCUGAUUGGGCUGGAGAAAGAGCCGAAGUACUUCACUCAGACAAUAGAGGCGCGCUUUAAGACUCAUGGCUUGGGAAAGGACGCCCUGGUUCCAGAAUCGAAUACCAAGGUGCCUGUAUUACCUCAGACUACCAAAACUGAGACAUGGGGCCGCACGGCGAAUGACAUUGUUGACGGCCAGAAGGACAACUCGGGGCCUGCAGUUGCCAAACAAGCAGGCAAGCCGUCUAUAAAAGAUGAGACCAAGUCUAGCGAUCUGGCCAAGCCCACUGCGGGUAUAAAAGCGCCAGAAUUCAAGUCAGUAGGGCUUACUGAUGUGUUCAAAUCGCCUUCACUACGUUUGACGCCUUUUGAAACACCAGAUCACUCGACCACGAAAACAGUACCAGCUCCUCCGAAGUUCAACUUCUCUCGCGCAUCGACAAACAUUUUAGCAGAUUCAGGCGCGGCACCACGAAGUACUGCGCAAGCGAAUUCAAAGCGAUCUGGCAUGUUUCCUGGUAAUGCGAAAGACGAGAGGCAGAACAACAUGGGCUUGAAUGCACUUAAGAAUGAUGUGACUCCGGCUGGAUUCCGUUUCAAGUUGGACGGUUCGAAUGCUUCCAAUUCUAUAGCGCCGAAUGUCACCGCUACUCCCUCAUCUUCAUCGUCAGGGUUUCGUGUCACUGCACCACCCCAAUCUCAAUUCGGUGGACUUGGUCAACCCCCAGUCAGCACACCGACUCAAGCUACAGCUCCGUCGAGCACAUCUGUCACUGCAGUGACCUUGGGGUUUGGAUCUUCCAGUGCAACUCGACCCGCUACUGGCGCACCCUCUCUGCCUAGUUUUAUGCUAGGAGCAUCAGGAGGGCCAACCUUCAAUCCUUUCGGAAGUGCUCAUGCACCGGAUACUAGUACCCUGACACUACCUACUCAGUCUCCAGCUCCGAAAAAAUUCAACUCUUUCCACACACCGAACACCGGCUUCCAGAGUGCAGUUCCAUCUCAAGCUUCACCAAAAUCAGGCUUCGGUGGCGGUGCUGCAGCGUCUUCCGGAGACUCCCAGAACCCAUUUCCCAACGCACGCAAUACAUUCAACACUCCUACGUCGAACGCGUCUUUCAAGGGUGCGUUUGGAACAUCGGCGUCGAACCCUGUAAGCAAUGCCGGUUCCUUCGGAGCCACAUUCAACAGCUUCGCCCAGCCAGCACCAAAUACUGCGGCGCCUGGCAAUACCGGCUUCUCAGUGAGCACCGAUUUUGCUGGGCAAUUACAGCAGUCAACCGGAUUUGGCGGCAAUUUCCAGUCCCAGAAUUCGAACGAAACCCCAUUUUCCAAUUCGUUCGCUAGUCUAGCAAACAAUGGUGGUGCUGAUGGCAACCGGCUCACGUUCCAGGGCAACUCUGGCGGCGGUGCAGGUAGCUCACAAAGCGGUGCGAUGGGUGGUAUGGUGCGAAGGAUCGCGAAGGCAACUGGACCGAAGCGUAGGCGGUAAAGAAGGAAAGGGCGUGUGGUGAGGAGGACCAAGUAACGUGGAUUUUCGAUCGUUUGAAGUGAGCUGA